AUGCUUCGAAGCUCCUCUCGCUGGCGUGAUCGCGUGUCGGAAUUGUCAGGCCAAAUUGUUGUCGAAGACGGUUGGGGUUUGUUCGCGAGAGCAUCUUUCGAAGCCGGAGAUGGACCUGAUCACGAUGGCUAUGAUCAGACCCUAGAAUAUUGCUACCGAGAAGAACCAAAACAGCUCAACAUCUACAACAACUACCACAACUGGCAUACGAGAGUAAUGAGACCAGUACAUCCCGACCCGCGUGGAAGCAGCUGCUUCGACCUGAUCGUUCAAUGGAUCAGCCAGUGCAAAUUGCACGCUCGCUGCUCUCAGUCAGUUCCAGUUGCACUUCCAAAGCGGGUUAUCGAAAUUUCAGCCGAUCCUUCUAUAUCACCUACACUGCGAACAAGCAAUGAUGCGUUGGGUCGAUACGUAGUCUUGUCUCACUGUUGGGGUAGCAAAGGACCGACGAAGCUCACCAACGCACUGUUGGCUCAAUUCCAAGAGGCCAUCAAACUUGAGCUGCUUCCAAAAAGCUUCAGGGACGCGAUCGAGAUCACGCGGCGGUUACACUUUCGAUACCUGUGGAUAGAUGCACUGUGUAUCAUUCAAGACAAUGGUGAAGACUGGGCUCAAGAGUCAGGGAAAAUGGCUUCUUAUUAUGGGUUGUCGGCUCUCAUGAUAUCCGCAACUGCUGCUGAGGAUAGCAGCAAAGGAAUCUUGAACGCUCGGAAUGUACUUUGCUCGCCCAUGAUGGGUAAAGAACAAAGCUAUUGCUUAUGCGAGAAGGGUCUCCAAUCGGACGGCGAGAUCAACGGGUCAGUCCUGGCUACACGCGGGUGGGCUGCACAAGAGAGAAUACUAGCACCUCGUAUAUUACACUACACGACACGGCAGAUGUGGUGGGAAUGCGCUCAGGCAUUUUGGUGUGAAGCUUCAGACAAAGAGGUACAUCGUCAGAUCCACGGUGCCGGAUAUUCAAAGCCGCAGUGCCAACGCUUUGUCACUGAGGCCUUAAGUCAAGAAAACAAUUUACCUCGCCACAAUGAUCACAACACGCAAGAGAUAUCAGAAUGCGGAUCUGAAGCCGUGUUCUGGGAUAAAAUCAGAGCAUGGAAUCGAUGUGUCAGGGAAUUCUCAUCCCGCUCCUUAACAGUACCAAUCGAUAAACUUCACGCCAUCGCUGGCGUCGCAAAAAUGUUGAAUCAAAGUGGUGAACUUGGAACAUAUUGGGCAGGGAUCUGGAGCGUGUGCCUAGCAGACGCCUUGAACUGGAAGAGCCAUUACUACAGACUCCGUUCACCACCCAUAUACACAGCCCCUACCUGGACUUGGGCCGGUCUGGAAGGUGAAGUACGUUGUGCAAUUUGGAUCCCACAAACAUCUAUCGAUGAUGCGGAGCAAAUUCAUGCCAAGAGAUUCGAUCCUAAGCUUAUUGAUCAGCACAUGAUAUUGCAAGACGAGCGCAAUAUCUACGGUGCGGUCCAAGAAGGCUCCUACAUCACCAUCGAGGGCGCAUGUCUUAUGAGCGCUGAUUUCGAUUGCCUGAUGAGAGAUCUCUACGGGAAUGACUUCGGUGGUUUCCCCGGUGUUCAAAUCAAACUCGACAGAGAGCGACUGGACAUGUCGGCGCCUUAUGAUUGCUGUAUGUUCUUGAACGGGAAUCUGUUCCACAAGAAGGAGAAAUGGGAGGACGGUCUCAGCUACCCACUUAGCUGCAUGGAUGUCCUACUACUUAGCUGGGUUGAUCAGGAGGCGAAAGUUGCGCAGCGGGUCGGGGUAGCAGAUAUGCAAAGUCGUGGGGAUCGAGACAACUUGAUCCACAAGAUCAAAACUGCAGAUUGGGAAAGAUGGACAUUGGAGUUGGUGUAA